AUGAAUUCUUUUAAUGCGCCCACCACACAGAUCAAUGCGAUUGACAAAAUGACAACUGUUAAAUGUAAAUCAGUCGACUUAGAAGGAUAUGUUAUAAUAGUUGUUCAAACCAAGGAUAAUAAAAUUAAAUUAUAUGGAUCACCUUCAGCUGGUAACUGGGAGAACCUGGAGUUGGCGGAUGAGAUAAUGGAUGUGAACGAGACAAGGCUUGAGGAUAUGACCAGAACCGAGGUCCUCAGUCAUAUACAUGAGUGUAUAUCCUCGUGCGUGAUAAAACUCCGGGUGAAGAGACGAAGCGAGACCAAAUUACUAUCAGACAUCGGGCACAACAUAAUUCAAGAUGCGUUCCUCAUCGCUGUCGAAGAACAGGCAAGACAGCGCUUGCAGCGGUUGUCGGCGCUUAAACGGAUCACUCCGGUUGACAUGUCCAAACUCUCUGUAGAGUUAAACAAAAGAAAACGAACGCAGCCAGAGAACAGACAAGAAUUAAACGGUUACAUCGCCAAUUCGACAGUUUACGUCACGUCCAUUAACGAAAACGGUUCUAUAGAGAGUAAACCGACAAUAUCGUCUCCGAAGUCCCAACCGAAAUCACUACAAGCAAAACCAGCACCUCUUAUAGCAAACGGUAUACAAACGGAAAAGAAAAAAGAGGCAGAGGUCGAAAUAACGGUGGAACAAGAGAAACACGAGAAGGAUUCAAGUGAAAAAAGUGUAAAAGUAUUAGUUGAAAGUGAAGUGAAGGACAGUGAAGUGAUAAGUGAUAAUAGCGAAGCAUACAAUGUCGCUAGGGAGCAUCUAAGCAACGGUCGGUGUGAGAAACUGCUGGGCGAGCAACCGGACCACAGGAUCCGGGCGACGGCGGUCGUCGAGAACAACAAAUUAGGACCAGGAGAAAAGGGACCACGUAGGCGGUCGGGCUCCAGUAUCGUGGUGCUGGGCGCCGAGGAAGAGAAGCGCCCGCCCCCGGAUGACGAGGCCGACAUGCUCACCAUGCUCUCACUCACCGACACCGGUCCUCACCGCGAGAUGGCGGUGGAUGUCCCGGACAGUUUCAUCGCGAGGAACAAGACGCCACCGCGCUACCCGCCCCCUCGGCCGCCUCAGGUACGCCUUCGGACAAGGGACGACGAACCUCUCCUAUCCUCCGGGGGUUCUGGGACCUCAUUUGGGAGCAAACAGAGCACCGUGCUACAGAGCAACAUAGACAUCUCCGGACCCAGCUCGGACGGGUCCGGCAGCUUCAAAAACAACAGCACAAUGGAACUUCUUUCUUUGGCCCAAAGUUCAGACGGUUCUGGAGUAAGUUUCGGCAGCAAGAAGAGCAAAGGUUCGAUGGAAACGGCGAAGUGUGAUGUUAUGUCUGAAAGAUCGGAAUCAGUCGCGUCGAACACGACUCAUAAUUUGAGCGAUCACAAGAUACAACUGCUUAUAUCUAAUGGCGAGGACUCUUUGCUAGACUGCAGGAUGGGCGUGGCUUACUCUGCGAGAACUGACUCUGUGCUCAUCAGGGAGGCGGUGUACGCUUCAUAUAACCUGCCUCCAGGGUUCGAUACCACGCCUGUGCUGCUUGGGCGGGAGGUGGCGGUCGACGUGCCCGAUAGUUUUGUGCAAAUCGUGAAAACCACACCCAAGUAUCCCGGUACCGCGGACAAAAAAUAUAUUCUGCAGCAGGUGAACGGCGCAGCGAAGGGAGCUCCGGCGGUGCCGCCGCGCGAGGCUCCUCGGGACGCGCCGCCGCGGCCGCCCGCCCACGACACCAGGGACCAGGUCGACUCCAUCAAGAAAUAUCAGGAACAACUUCGUCAAAGAAAAGAAGCCGAGGAACGGAUCGCGGCCCAAAACGAGUUUCUGAGGAAUUCUCUCCGCGGCUCCCACAAGCUACAAGCCUUAGAAUCUAACCCGUCAUCGGGCACAGCUUUCAUAAAUGAUGCCUAUGAAGAAGAUGCCAGUGAUGAGGCCUCACAGCUUUAUGCAAUUGUUGAUUAUCAAGAAGUAUGCGCAGCGCUCUCCAGGGUACAGAAAGCGCUUAAUUCUAGUGGUGAGACCGCUCUAGCGGCGCGGGUCGCUGGUGCAGCCGGUGUUUUACAAUGUCCUGCGUUACGAACGGCUUUGGCUACAAGAUCCGCUGUCCUCACAGCGGUGAGGCAUAAACGACCUGGCCUCUCGCAUCCUCAGACGCAUCGGGCUACUGAUCGAUUAAAAGAUUGUAUAGACGUACUAGGAUCGCACACGGCGUCAGGGGGCGAAACAUCGGCGUUGGCGGCGGAACUGCUUUCAAUACUAGGGGGCUUGGAGUUGGAGAGUCUGAUACAAGCGCAUGACCAGGCCGCUGCGCUGUUGGACCCAUCCUGCUUCGCGAGGGGGAAGAGAAAUAAGACUGGCUUCAAUAACUACAAGGGUGAUGACAAAUACCUGCCUCACUCGCCGGAUGAUUCCAGCGAAAAUAUAAAAAUUAUUAAAAUAGAGAAAACUAAUGAACCUCUUGGUGCUACGGUGAGAAAUGAAGGUGAAGCGGUCAUUAUCGGUAGGAUAGUGAGAGGUGGAGCGGCGGAAAAGUCGGGGCUACUGCACGAAGGUGACGAGCUGCUGGAGGUGAACGGCGUGAGCAUGCGCGGCAAGUCCGUGCACGAGGUGUGCCAGCUGCUGGGCGCGCUGGCGGGCACGCUCAGCGUGGUGCUGGCGCCGCGCGCGCGCCCGCGCCCGCCGCCCGCGCACCGCGUGCUGCACGUGCGCGCGCACUUCGACUACGACCCCGAGGACGACGUGUACAUCCCCUGCCGCGAGCUAGGAAUAAGUUUCCAAAAAGGUGAUGUACUGCACGUGAUCAGUCGAGAGGACCCGAACUGGUGGCAGGCGUUCCGGGAGGGCGAGGAGGAUCAGACCCUCGCCGGGUUGAUACCUAGUCAAGCUUUCCAGCACCAGCGCGAGUCCAUGAAGCAGUCGCUGGCCACGGCGGGCGCGGCGGGCGCGGGGCGGCGGCGCAAGGGCGCCACGCUGCUGUGCGGGCGCGCGCGGCGCCGCAAGCCGCGCGCGCCCACCAGCGAGGCGGGCUACCCGCUGCACGCGCCCGACGACGGCGACGCGGACGACGUGCUCACGUACGAGGAGGUGGCGCUGUACUACCCGCGCGCCUCGCACAAGCGCCCCAUCGUGCUCAUCGGCCCGCCCAACAUCGGCCGCCACGAGCUGCGCCAGCGCCUCAUGGAGGACGGCGCGCGCUUCGCCGCCGCCGUGCCGCACACGUCCCGUACCCGCAAGGAUCACGAGGUAGCGGGACAGGACUACCACUUCAUAUCACGAGCGCAAUUCGAAGCGGACAUCCUCAAUAGGAAGUUUGUUGAGCACGGCGAAUAUGAAAAGGCUUACUACGGCACAUCCCUAGAAGCGAUCAGGGAGGUCGUAAAUUCGGGUAAGAUCUGCGUGCUCAACCUACACCCGCAGUCGCUGAAGAUCCUUCGUAACUCCGACCUGAAGCCGUACACGGUGUUCGUGGCGCCGCCCAGCUUGGAGAAGCUGAGGCAGAAGAAGAUUCGAAACGGAGAGGCUUUUAAGGAAGAGGAGCUGAAGGAGAUUAUAGCGACGGCGCGCGACAUGGAGCUGCGCUGGGGCCACCUGUUCGACAUGAUCAUCAUCAACAACGACACGCAGCGCGCCUACCAGCAGCUGCUCACCGAGGUCAACAGCCUGGAGCGCGAGCCGCAGUGGGUGCCGGCGCACUGGCUCAAGCAGCCCUAG